GAUAAUAAUAAACAUUGCAAGAUUGGCGGAUUGUGUUCUGAAACUGGGUGUUGUUGAUAUUUCCCUAUUCUAAUAAAGUCCACACAAGUGUUGACGAAAAAUUGAAUAAACUCAUGGGCCGAAAAACGUUUACUUUGAAGACUCUUGACGACGGUGACCAGGCACUGGUGUAUAAUAGACAAGGCCGGGCACGAAUUGAGCAUGGCCCAAAAAGAAUGUUCCUGUGGCGAUCAAAGUACCAGAUAUUAAAUCAUGUUGUUGCAAGCCAAAAACAGUACUUGAAAAUUUGUUUCAAGAAUGGCGAUGUCGAGUAUAAAGAGGGGCCAUGUAGAGUACAUAAGAACCCAAUGAUACACUCAUCAGUUUUCGCAGUAGAUUGUAUUUCACUUGAUGCUAAUGAGGUUGUUGUCAUUUAUGGUGCGGAAGAAAAAGGACAGAUGACUCGUAGACUGCAGUACGGUCCGACGCUGUUCGCCCCAAAAUCCAACGAAUGGCUUCAUAAUUUUUCCUGGCACGGGACAGAUCCAAAUCACAAAACACGAAAAAUACCAGGAAUUCUCAAUUUCAACAAACUCUGGGUUGUUCCUGACCAGCUAUACUUUAAUGUGGAAGAUGUGAGGACAAAGGAUGAUGCACUUUUGAAAGUGAAACUUAUGAUUUUCUUUGAACUCAGUGACAUUGAACUCAUGUUAUCAAGAACAUCAGAUCCCAUUGCUGAUAUUGUUAAUGAUGUGUCAGCAGACAUCGUGACCUUCACGUCCCAAGUGACCUACGAAGAGUUCAAUACGAAGUGCGGCAAACUCAAUAAAAUUGAGACUUAUCCAGAGUUGAUGGAACGCAGCAAGCUGAUUGGCUACCAUGUCUCAAAGGUUGUUUUUCGUGGCUACCAUGCAAGUACGCAACUUGAGGCACUGCAUCACAAAUCAGUUGAAACAAGGACUCGCUUGAAACUAAUGAUUGAAACAGAAGAGCAGGAGCAAUCAUUGACAGAUAUGAAGCUCAAGAGUGAAAUUAGUCAGAGCACCCUCAAGCAACAGCUUGCCAUUAAAAGCCUCAAACACAAGCAUCAACUAGAACUGCAAAGUAGAAAGUAUGAGUUAGAGGUUGCGAGAAAAGCGCAUCAAGAGAAAUUGCAACAUACAAGAGAAGAAGAGAUGGCUAAAAUUGAGGCUAAGAACAAGGAGAAUAAUCAGAAGGUUGACCGACUUCGUAAGUUGCAAGAAGUUGGCGUUGAUAUAUCUGAGUAUUUAAUCAGCAAGAAUCGCCGCCCUGACUACACCAUGAAGGUUAUUGCGCCACCUCAUUCCAACGUGCACGUUCACCAAUCGUAAAGCCACGCCACAUAAUUGGCCGAAAUCCAUAUAGAUUAUGUGGAGGAGAACAGUGCAAGGUUUUAUUGUGAACUAUAUUGUGCACUGUGGCCUGCUUAACAGGAAAAAAUAUGUACUGUAUAUCCAAGUAUAAAUCAGUAUAUUGUUAAUUUCAUUGUGAUAUAUACAUUGCAUGACCACUGUAGCUUUAGUUUUCCCAGCCCACAAAAUCCCUAGAUAUUGCUUGCUGUACCAUCUAAAUAUUCAUGGAUAUAUAAAUAUAUAUAUUAGUAAAAAAUGUUAAGAUAGUAUAAUACAUACUUCAAGUAUUGAAAUGCAUGCCAAUGAAUUCCUGAUGAUGACAUAAUUAAUUUUGAAAUAUUGGAUUUCAAC